AUAUCGGCGGCGCGGGCGGGGGCGUUGGCGGGCGAAGGCCUUGUGCGGCUCUCCGCGUUCGCGAUGAAGGAAGACAAGGAGAACGCGCGGCCGAAGGAGAAGCGAGGGGCUCCCGUCACCCCGACCGGCGGGGUGGGAGCGGCGGCGGCGGCGGCGGACGCCAAGGCGGGAGGCGAACCGGACAGGCUGGAUCGGCCGAAGGACAAGAAAGAGAUCUUGAGCAAGGUAGUGAUUCGACGCCUGCCGCCCAGCUUGACCAAGGAACAGCUUGAAGAACAUCUCCAACCUUUGCCUGAACAUGACUAUUUUGAAUUCUUUGCUAAUGACUCCAGUUUGUACCCUCACAUGUUUUCCAGAGCAUACAUCAACUUUAAAAACCAAGAAGACAUUGUUCUGUUCAGGGAUCGCUUUGAUGGUUAUGUUUUUGUUGAUCACAAAGGUCUAGAAUAUCCUGCCGUAGUGGAAUUUGCGCCGUUUCAAAAAGCUGCCAAAAAGAAGAGUAAGAAAAAGGAUGCCAAAGCUGGGACCAUUGAAGAUGAUCCAGAAUAUAAGAAGUUUUUGGAAAACUACAGUGCUGAUGAUGAAAAGUUAACAUCCACCCCUGAGACAUUGCUGGAGGAAAUAGAGGCACGAAACAAAGAAUUAAUAGCAAAAAAAACAACUCCUCUGUUGAACUUCUUGAAGAAUAAACAGCGGCUUAGAGAAGAAAAACGAGAGGAAAGGAGGAGGAGAGAACUAGAGAGGAAAAGACAACGAGAAGAAGAAAGAAGAAAAUGGAAAGAGGAAGAAAGAAGAAAAAGGAAAGAAGCCGAAAAAACAAAGAAAGUGGAGCGAUGCCCAGAAAAAGAAAGGGACAGAUCAAAGGAUGAACCAAAGAUUAAGCUACUUAAGAAGCCAGAAAAAGAUGAAAGAGACUUUGAAAAAAAGGAAAAGGCCAAGAAACCGGAGAAAGAGAGUCUGAGGGAGGAAAAGGCAGCAAGUGCAACCAGCAGUAUGCCAGCCAGGCGCUCCGAUGGGGAGGCUAAGGAGGAGAAGUCCAAAAAAUUGGAAGAUGACUGUGGAAAAGACUAUAGAGAAAGAGAGAGAGAAUAUGACCGAGACAGAGAGUAUGAGAGAAUGCAAAGAGAAAGAGACAAACUCCGACGUCAAGAAGAAGAGAGGAGGAGGCAGAAAGAGCGCUUCGAGAAAGAGAAGGUUUUUAGAAGAAAGGAGGAAGAUGUGAAAAGGGAAAGAGACUCAUUGCGAGAGAAAGGGAAGAGAGCUGAAUUUGCAGAGUACAUGGGCAAUGCAGAGAAAUCCGAGAAAGUAACCAAAGAGGACAAAAAAGAAGAUAUGGCUAAGAGGGAUCGCAUUAGAAACAAGGAUCGCCCGGCCAUGCAGCUCUACCAACCAGGAGCUCGGAAUCGAAGUCGUUUGUCAGGCUAUGAUGAAAGCUCUGCAAAGUCACCCGAUCAAGGAAUGGAUAAGAAGCAGGAGUGCGAGACCAGUAACACAAAAGAAGAGUGACAAGUGUUGUGCUUCCUCAAUGACCUAGCAGCCAAAGAGCAUUAACUGUGUAGUCCAAAAGUGCCUUGUAGAAAAGAGGAGGGAAUAAAGGGGGAACAGUACUUUUGGAUGUAUCUGGUUUCAGGUCCUCGUUGCAGAUUUGGGACUCGGGCUUAGGCGUUCUCAAUACAUUUUCAGUUGUGGGGGGUAGUGGCAGCAAAACCACAAGGGUGAGAAAACUUCCAUCUCUGAAAAGUAGAAAGGCCUUGUCACCCUAAAAUAGGCCGAGUGGUUGCACAGAAUGAGUGCUGUCUUUCACAUAAAACCCAAGAACCAGUAUUUGCACUUAAUAUACAGCUAUGUUGGAGCCUCAUGUUUGUUCAAGUGUUAAAUGUCUUUUAUCACUGUGCUGUGUGGGGUGUGGUCUUCUGACCUGUUUCAUUAACUGGAGAUAGGGUGGGAAGGUCCAACAUAAUCUUGGUACUGAAAACAUCUUGUCGUCUGGUGUGCUGCUUGUAGCCGACUGCAAAAUGAAUUUUCAGAAGAAGGCGUGAAUGCUAAUAUUUUUCUUUUGUAUAGCUUGAAGGGAAAUGAACUUCGCCAUAGGAAAUGUGGGGUUUUUUUUUACACAUGUCUUCUAGAGUCCAGAUAUAGAUGUAUAUUGAAGGUAGUUGCAUAGUCCUCAACAGUCCCUGCAUUCAGACCUUCCUUUGUUUCCUGGUAUCUUAUAGGAAAAAUGAUCCGUCUUAAUUGUGCAUUGUUUUUGCCGAAGCUGCAGAGCAUCUGGCAACCCAGGAAAGUUUUGCUAAGAGUCGUACCUCCUCUUUGUGGCAGUACCCUAUUUGAUACUUAAUAAAACUCUAUGAAGUAGCAUUUAAA